GUCUGGACGUGACUCUGUACAACCUUACCCCUUGUACAUUGGAUUCCCGUAAGCCAGGCAACAAAAGGGGCCUUCAAUAUGAAGAUUUCGGGGGCCAGUAAAAUGUUUCAUCUUGGGGUCAUCAUUCUUCUUAUAGCUGUUUCUCCUGCCAAAUGCCAGACUUCCAGCACCUCUUCGUUAAUCAGCACUCUUGAUCAACUCCUAGCCGCUCUUCUCAAACUUAGCCAAGCACUCAAUGCUUCAACUACCACAAAAGCGCCAGCCACUACUCUGGCCAUCACCAAUGCCAGUACUGUGCCAAUCACUACCAGUAGCACAGGAACAUUCACCACUGCAUUGACCAAUAGUGUUCCAACAUCGACCAGUAAUACAGUGAUUAAUACCUCUCAACCAAUAUCAGCCAUUAGCACUGGAACAAAGUCUAGUACUGGGAGCAAUAGCCUCCUAAACAGUUCUUCAGGAACCAUCGGCACUGCCAGUAGCCCCCCAGCAUCAACCAGUUUUCAGGGAAUCACUGUCACCUCUGGUAGCAGCAACGUACUAGGAUCAACUAGUUCUCCAAUGAUCACUUCAGUUCCUGGUGGUACCAGCAUCCCAGCAUCAACCAGUAAUCCAGAAACUAUUUCCAGUAAAAACAAUAAUGGCCCCUCUCAAUCAACCACCAGCCCAGUGACUAUUCUACCUCAAAACAAUAGUACAUUGCCAGCAUUAACAAGUAACACAUUAAACAAUGCUACCAAUAGCCUAUCUGAGAUUAACAGUAGCCCAGUUUCUAGUACUGCCAAUAAUGGAUCAACCAUAACCAAUAAACCAUCGGUGAGCACCAACAGUUCUCAGAUAAGCAGUCAACCAUCACAACUCAACACAACCACAUCUUCUGGUACCAGGAUCCCUAGCCAAUCAGCAACAUCUAGUAAGGCUAGCAUUAAUGCUGUAACCACUAACACAGCUUCUCCUGAUCUCUUAACCAGUGGUCAGACAGCAAGUAAUACAGUUACCACUACUGUUAGUAGCACAGGCACCCCAUCUACCACUAACAUCAGUGGCAAUUCAACAACCAACAAUGGAUUUACUCCUACCAGUGCCACAACCGGCAGCCAAACGGCAACAACAACUCCAUCUACUACCACCAGUAAGAGCGCGUCUCAAACCACAGUUAAUAACGGGAAUACAUUGUCCCCAACAGUGGGAGCAACCACUGCCUUUCCAGUGUGGGCCAUUGUCCUCAUUGCAUUAGCAGCUUUCAUAGGAGCCCUCCUCCUGGUGACCCUCGUCGUUGCUAUUGCACAUAUGGCAAAAACAAAGAAACCAAGCCGUUCCACCACUUACCACGUCAACCAAGAAACAGCGUGAGCAGAUUCCGUGGCUUCUCCAGAAACAUGUUACUACAUAACCGAUAAAUGCUACUUUCCCCAACAUGGUUUAAUGGGUGACACCCUCUAUGAAUCUUUCUGGCUACAAAAACAAAACUCACCGCCACUCUCUUUAAUAAGCACGUUAGUAGAGCUACCUAAUCAUGUGUAAAUUGUCUGGGAUUCAAAAGUGAAUCUAAAGUGGAUUUUAGGCCAGACUAGUCGAUUGGAAACAUUCUCAAAGUCAACUAUGUUUUAAAGGGACACUAUAGUCUCCGAAACAACUUUAGCUUACUGAAGCAGUUAAAGUGUGUCGAUCAUGAACCUGCACUUUCACUGCUCAAUUCUCUGCCAUUUAGGAGUUUAAUGACUUUUGGUUCUGUUUAUGUAGCCCUAGCCACACCUCCCCUGGCUGUGACUCACACAGACUGCAUGGAAAAGAAAUGGUUUCACUUUCAAUCAGGUAUAAUUUACUUUAAAUUAUUUUAUCUCUUGCUCUGUAAAUUGAGCUUUAAUUGCAUUCAGGAGACUCCUGCAGGUCUAGCAAGCAAUUAACAGAGCAGGAGAUAAGACAUUCUAAAUUAAACAGAAUUUACACUAAAGGAAGUAUAAACAUUAGAUGACCCUUUGCAGGAAGUGUCUAGGAAGGCUCCGUAAGUCACAUGCAGGGAGGUGUCACUCGGGUUGCAUAAACAAUGUGAUUUACCUCCUAAAUGGCAGUGAAUUGGGCAGUGAGACUGCUGGGGCAUGAGCUAUAAACCAAAACUGCUUAACUAAAGUUGUGUUCGUGACUAUAGUGUCCAUUUAAGUUCAAAUAUUGUGGCUUCAAAUGUGAAAUCCACAUUGAUUUCUCAUUUUAGUGAAUAAAUCUUCAUACAGAAUCAUGAAACAAAGUGACUUCAUGUGUUAAUUUUACACGCUGUGCCCAGUGAUGUAUUUAAGUUUUAUUGUGAAAAUGUAACUGAUCUACAUUAAGGCUGCUGCUGUUAAAUGUCCCUCCUCCCCUCCGUGUCCACACACACACCUUGUGUAUUUAGGAAGGAUUGGGGAGCUCACAGCAAUAUAUCAGAAGGAAAUGUCCUCAUAUCAUAGCCCACAGGUGGAAUGGGAUUAGAAACACUCAUAUACUUUCAUUAAGCACUGUCUAUGUAUACAAAGUCAGGCAGUAGGGUUCCAGCAUGGCAUUUAGGAGACUGACAUAAACUCUGGAGAUCCACUGGUUGCUUGCCAUUGGUUGCUGUAGGGCUGAGCUGGAUAAUGAAACAGGUUUUUGCAAUAAAUGUAUGAAAUUCACAGUCAAGAAAGGGUGGGCUUAGUGAAGUGAUUAGUGAAAUAAUUAGAAAAUUCAAACUAUUAAUAUAUUGUCCUCCAAUAAAUUGCUCAGGCAAAAUCAUUUCAACAAUUUUUUCUAAUCAAUAAAGAUUCUUACACACAGGAGUAAUUUAAAUAUUUUAAAUAUUCUAUACAAGGCACACUGUGCACACACUAGCAUUUUGUCACUUUAGCUGAGAGUUUGUAUACAAAUUAUCCCAAAUAGAAAACCUUAUAAUAUGUAUCACAUUUACAGACACGCUGAUGUUCAGAGGGCUGGACAGACA